AUGCCUUCAUCCAAUCCCAGUUCCAAAGAGAAUGAAACAUUCCCAGUUCCAACUUCACUUAGAGAUUCACUAUCAUGCCUCAAUGUCAUAUGGUCUGAUAUGUCUGAGACAGAAGACCUUAACCCUGACGCAGCUAGACAGCAUCAAGCUGACUUUCUUAAAGGAACCCCGCCAAAGUGGCAUCAUUUUUACACCUCAGUGAACUUACCAUUGGUCGAAAGGGAUGGGUUUAAUGAUUUAAUACAUUUAGUUGAGAAAAGAAAAGGAAAACGCUAUCUCAUCACUGAUAUUUCUUUUCGAUACCAGCCUGGCAGUGGAGGCUCGACUCUGGCCAUGCAGGUGCUUUGGCGUCUCCGGAAAGAUCUCAGAUGUGCCAGAGUGAUCGAUUCAAAACUAGACACUAAAGAGCUGUCAAAACAAGUGGUGGACCUUUUCCUGCUGUCCAGUGAAGAACAUGCGAAACAAAAUCGAAGAACUGUGCUGCUGUUACUGGACACCAAAGAAAAGACGGACAAUGAUCUGCCAAUCAAGAACAUUCUCUGUGGAAACCUGACUGAAGAAAUCCAUAAGAGGGGCAUCAAUACAGACACACCAAUUGUGAUCAUUUUAAACUGCAUCCCUACAGACUUCACUCUCACGGACACAAUGGUUCUUCCCCCAAAACUCUCAGAAAGGGAAAUAAGACAGUUCAAGGAAAAAGUUCUGCAACAGAUCCGACUACAGAGAAAAGGCCACUGGAAAGUUACAACCAUAAAUCUGUUCCACCAGAAAGACAGCGGCGGACCAGCACUAACUGAGGAGAUACUGAGAGACUUGAGAGAAGAGUUCAGAUGUGAAACCUGGACAGAACCAUUCAAAACCGAUAUCACAGAAAAUAAAGAGUUUGCGAGAGAGAUUGAAAAAAUGACAAAUGCAUUGCUCAGUAUAUAUGAAACACAUCAAAACACUGUGCUUCUCCUGUUGGAUCACACAGAUGAUAAGCCCCUACGCUACUUAAUAAAGAAUCUGCAGUCAAAGCUUCAGCGUGCCGAUCAAACCGACCAUCCUGCAUUCAUCAUUAUCAAUGCUGUGAGCAAGAGCACUGUUCGAGCAAAAGACGACGUGAAGCUUAAAAUGGAGCUCUUACCACAGGAGCAGGAGAGGUUUGCUCAGAAAAGGCUGGAGCUGAAAAAGAAAUUCAAGAAAAUGUCACUGAACUUGCAUGCUUUUAACAUAAUGCAUGGAGGUUUCAAGAAAGAGGACGCAGAGGCAGUGAUCACAGACGAAAUGAAAAAACAUGUUGAUAAAAACCAAAAGUCCAGCAGCACAAGACUUCUCAGUUUUUUGGCUUUGAUAAAUUCAUACGUCCCAGGUUCACACUUGUCAAAGCUUUUGUGCAAGGAAUUCAUUAAACAAGAAGAAUGGUCCACUGAUGAGGGAAAACCUUCUGUGGAAAUGAUAAUGAAGCCUUUUGAGGAUCUCAUAGUAACAUACUCUGAAGGAGAACAGAAAGGCAACUGCAUACGCCUGGCACAUCCAAUGAUUGCUGAUGCCUGUCUCAAAAUGUUCAAUGAGAGCAAACUGACAAGAUUUGAUAUCGCUCUUGACUUCUUGAACAGUUUAGUGAAAGGAAAGCAGAGUAGCUAUGUUCAAAUUUGCAAGAGCAUGCUAGUCACAAGACUUGAGGGACUGAUAAAAAAGGAAAAGUUUUCCAAACUGAUUAUUGACAUCUUGGAUGAAAGGGAAAAUAACACUAACCUGUGCAUCCGUUUGUUGAAGUUGGCUUCAAAUUUGUUCUCAACAGACCCUUUUUAUCCUCAAGCACUUGCACGUUUGUAUUACAUUGAGGUAAAAGAGCAAAACAAAUAUGAAAAGGCAACAAAACAGGCAACAGAAGCUAUCAGAAGAGAUCCAGAAAAAUCUCAUAUAAGAGACACAUUGGGGCAAGUUCUCAAACACCACUUGCGAAAUCAAUCUAAAAAGCCAUUCUCAGACAUUAAAGUGUGUUUGGCCAUUGCACAGUCUGCUGCUGAUGCAUUUAAAGAAGAAGAGAAAGCAGCUCAAGUCGAGUCAGAGGACAACACCAAAUUCAAUAACAGGGGCUACUUUGGUUUUCUUCAGGUUUGCAAUAUCAUUCAUGACCUGGGCCCAAAAAAACCUCUUGAACAAGAAUACAGCAAUUUAAUCAGUGGUCUCAGAGGUGACGUUGAGUCUAGAUAUGAUUUCUUUGAAUGGUACCUUGCCUUUUCAAGACCAAGCAUCAGUAAAGAGGAACCGGAUUACUUUUGUAAAGAUGUUGAGGACUGCUACAUGCACUACUUCAAACAGGGAGAGCAGACUAACGAAAUGACUCUGAAUGAGAAAAAAAUGAAGUCUUUUGGAGGACUACUUCAUUUCCUAAAAUCAGACAUCAAUGUGCUUAAAGAGAAUCAGAGUGCACUCAAAAAUCCACAAUCUGAACAUGAAGUGGUUCUCUACAUUCUUGCCAACAUUAUCUUGAGUCAGUCGGGUGAGCCGUGUGAAGAAGCAGAAGAUCUUCAGGCCAGGUUACAGGAGCUUUGGGCAACAGAAACUGAAGACAGACGCCCAGAGUUUUACCUCUUGGUGCUUUUGCUCUUUUGGCCUGAUGAAGCACAGCCAGCGAUCGCAAACCCUCCAGACCUUGAAAAGUGUGUCCAACUUAUGAGUCAGUCAUAUGAGAGAAAGUAUCAGAAAUACCUUCAUGGUCGCUACCUGGUGCCUCUGUUCUUCUUCGGAAAAGGUAAAGGAUUGCAGAGACUGCUCCAUACCUCAAAACUGCAUCAAGCUGAUCUGGAGCUCCUCACUGAAGGAGAUGAAAAAGCAGAAACCAAAUGUCUUCAGCGCAUCAACGGGAACGUCGAGAAUCAUAAAGUGUUUGCUGUUAUAGAGGGGCAACAGAUUCCAGUCACUCCUCACAAUCAGGUCAGUGUGUACAAACAAGGCCUGGUGUCUUUCUACCUUGGCUUCAAUAUCAGAGGACCCAUUGCCUACAACAUCAGACAUGAGGAGAACUAGGUCAUUUCUGAAUUGCAUGACAGUGAUUUAACUGCUGGACUAGAUGACCGUGGGAUGGAAUGAAUCUCUGCACUCAAAUGGCACAUCCAGGACAAAUGUUUACAUGUCUUCUUAAUAUUUUUGUUUCCAAGUUCUGAAGAAAGAAUAUAAGUUAUAAGCAGCUAUAAGUAGAGUUUAGUCAUGGCACAUGAUAUUAUUCACUUAUUGGUUAGAGGAAUAUAGAGGAUCCAUUGGGAGGGGUUGCUGUUGGUUUUUAUUCAUAUUCUAUACAUUUGAGAUGUAUUUUUAUCUGUUGCAGUGUAGUUACAUUUAGUCCAAUAGAAAUCAUUUACAAUAUCUCUUGCUUUAUCUGAACAACAGCCCAACAAGUGAGCACUGCUUUACCAGUAAGUUGAUUAUUUCUUGUUCACAAUAUGUAACCUUGAGAAAUGUAACCUUU